AUGGAAAUUACGUGCUGCUUCUCUGUGAUGGACUUGGUUCAUUUGUGCGGCGCCAAGAUGACCCUUUCCCAGCGGCAGCGCCUGGACCUUGCCCUUAAAUCUGCCGAAGUUCCAGCCACACCUGCGAAGCUUGUCGUCAAUGGAAUUCUCAGUGGCAACCCUGACGGUAUUAUUCAGCAUCACAUCCUGCAGCUGGUGAACAUGACAAUGACCCGCGAUGAUCUAUUGGAAUUCUGGGAUUUCAGUGCCACGAUGACUCAGGUGGAGUCGGUGAGGCGAGUCCGGGAAACGUGUCACUCCAGCCUUGCCAAGUUGCUGCCGGAACCAAGCUGGUUGCAGGCCAAGAUGAACGAGAGAGGGCGGUCGGAAAGCCUGCGGAAGGGGAUUGACGAGAUAUUAAAGGCCAACUUCUUUCAUUGCCCCAUCUGCCUCAACUGGGUCCAUACUCAUUUGAUACGGUCGUGCACGUCAUCCACUUGCAAGCACUCGUGGUGCCAGACCUGCGUGUUGAACUGGGCGUCACAACCCAAUCAAGUUGCCAUCAUGGCCUCCAACCGAAGGUUGCAGUUACCAUGUUUGAACAUGGCCGUGGGCUGCACUGGACACGUUCCAGAAGAGGUCUUGUGGCAGGCAGAAACUGCGCAGCUGGGCAGCUGCAAAUGCUCGUCUCGUAGGACAUGUGGGUGUCCUCCCUUGGUGAAGUUGUUGGCCGAUCUGCGGCUCCGCGCCGUGCUGCAGGCGCGUGCCCAUGGGCGGCGCUGCUGUGACUGCCCUGAUCCCUUCUGUGUUGGAGUGGCGUAUAGUGGCGCUGCGACCUACAUGUGCUUCCUGUGCGAGAACCAGUGGAGUGUGCCAAGUUGUGGCGGCCUCUGGUUGCAAAACGCCCGAGAUGCCUUGCGGCUUGGCAGCGGCUCCUCUCCACCGCUGAAGCAGUGCCCGCAAUGCGGCGUACCCAUUGAAAAGACAGGGGGAUGUCACUUGGCGGUUGGCACUUCGCAGUCCAUCGCAUGGCAACUGAUCGACACAAGUGCGGAAAAG